UUGGCAUUGAGCUCUGUUUUGUUUAUGUUAUAGCCACUGAAACUGGGUCUUGUAAGUGCAUGGAGCUCUUUACAGAGGCAAAGGUCGUGAAACUGAGGAGCCACCUUGAGAAAUACCUAGUGGCCGACGAUGAUCAAGAAACCGUCCGUCAAAGCCAAAACAGCUCAGGGAAAACAGCUAGGUGGUUGGUCGAGCUUGUCCCUGAUAAACCAUACGUUAUCCGCCUCAAAAGCUGCCAUGGGAAGUACCUGGCAGCCACUGAUAUUCCUUUUCUUUUAGGCAUGACGGGUAAAAUGGUGCUACAAACGGUGCCCGACAAGAUGGAUUGGAAACUCCAGUGGAAGCCUAUAAGAGAAGGGUUCAAAAUCAAGCUUAAGAGCUGGUGCGGGAAAUUUUUACGUGCAAACGGGGGGACGCCGCCAUGGAGGAACUCCAUCACUCACGGUGAAUCUCGUACUGGAGCUACGAAUAAAUGGGUAUUAUGGGAUGUGGAGGUAGGAGAGUACUCUGAGUCUUUGAGCUAUUCUCGUGUGUUUAUGGAGUAUUUGUUGUCAACUUCGAGCUUUUUUCCGGAGUCUGAAGAAGUUUUGGAGGCUUUUAGCGAUGAUAGCUUAGCUUCAAGCCCUCCGUCACCGGUUUCAGUCGUGUCCUCGUUGAAGUCCCCAAGGUCUUCUGUGGUUCCAACAGGGUCGCGGGAGUCGGCCAAAUUGUCAAGUGAUUUUUACUUAGAUUCACCACCGAAAUCCAAAGGUAGGACCAUAUGUUACCAUGUAGCAGAUGAUAGUGGUGAGGUUGACGAUGAGGCAAUGGAAGGGCACUCUUUUAGUUUCAAGGGUAAUGGUGUAGAUGAACUAACUCACAAAUUGAAACAAGAGACUGGGCUUGAGGAUGUUGUGGUGUGUGCUCGCAGUCCUUUGAAUGGGGAGCUUUUUCCUCUUCGUUUGCGGCUUCCUCCCAACAAUCUUGAUAUGCAUGUAGUUGUAGUUCCAUUAGCAUAAAAAAGAUGAGACUUCUCUCUGAGUUGCUCUAAUUUUUCCUGUUUACUAUUGGCAAUACACAAUACAUCUUAAGCUUAAUGAUAUGCAUAGUGAAUCAUCUCUGUAACAUUUGGUUAUAGAUUUUAAAGUUUCUAAUAAAAAAUGAAAUUGAGAUAAAUUUUGUAUUAGGACACUGAGUUUUGGAGAGGUUGUGGUUGGAUUUGUUUCAACCAAGACAACUACAAUACACCCCACAACAUUAUUUUAGUUGGGAUUUUUAACUGUGUUAUUGUAUUAUUAAAUUAUUAAUUUACAGAAAAAAAUUGUAGUUAUCUAUUUAAA